AUGGGCAACCGACAACCCGUGGAGCGUCACGUCGCGCAUCCCAAGUGCUUCUACCUUGUAGUAGGCGGGCCGCCUAUUCGUUACGUCGGUGCCAACGCUUCGCGGGGCCCGCUUAUAUUCGACGUGGAGACGGAGGCGAUCAGUGACGAGAACGCUGUCGAGCAUGCAGAGACGGUGAAUCUGCAGGUGGCCAUACCGUCGAAGCAGAUGUUCAAGCUUGUACCGGUAAAUGUGGCCAACAAAAAAUCUGGAUUCUUGCUUUCCUUCAGUGUCUCCAUUGUAGAACCGGGGCAGACCUUGCGUGUGCUCGCCGGCGUGGAUAUUGACUACCGUCCGGGCGAGGGCGUGAUGUUGAUGCAGGCGGAGCGAAGUCAGAACCCGUUCUGCGUAUACGAAGCCGCGUCAUCGGGGGAUUUUGGCGAGGAGGUUGUUGUGGAUGAGGUACUGUACCUGCAGAAACUCAAGAAGGCCGUCUUCACGGAGGGUGCGGAAGGGAAACGGCUCACAUAUGCGCCUAUCGCCAUUGAGCUCACAUUCGAGACGCCCACGGGGACCGCCUCCACGACGGAGAAUUCUACUGCCGCUGCUGAGAUGGCGGCGGGUGAGGAGAGGCGGGAAGGUAGUGCAAAAAUGAUGGAGGAUAGCAACCUCGCGUCGUCGUCAGAGAUAAUGCGGGUGGUGCAGUACACAUUUCUAGACAUCCCUGACGCCGCACAUGAUCGGGCGACGCUCACCUCGCUGCUGCAUGAGGGGGCGGGCGAGGGGGGGGAACGGCCUGUGUGCGAGGCAAAAGUUGUGCGGCAGCUGCUUCAGUACGGGACGGAAGUGUACGAACUCGACGACGUCUUCGACCUUGGCGCCUGUGACGAUCUUAGUGGCUCCAAUGCUGAGAGUGAAGAUGAUGCGGGGCUCUGCGUUGUAUGCUUGACAAAUGCAAAGGACACAACACUUCUGCCCUGCCGCCACAUGUGUCUCUGCUACGAGUGUGCCAGCGUACUCCGUUUCCAGCAAAGCAACCGAUGCCCUAUUUGUCGUGCCAGUAUUGAGCGUGUCAUGACAAUAUAG